CUCUCGCAGCCGAACCCCUCCCGCAGAUCAACAUGGGCCGUGUCCGCACCAAGACCGUCAAGCGCGCCUCGCGCGUCGUCAUCGAGAAGUACUACCCUCGCUUGACCCUUGACUUCCACACCAACAAGAAGAUCUGCGACGAGGUUGCCAUCAUCCCCUCGAAGCGCCUGCGCAACAAGAUCGCCGGCUUCACGACCCACCUCAUGAAGCGCAUCCAGAAGGGCCCCGUCCGCGGCAUCUCGUUCAAGCUCCAGGAGGAGGAGCGCGAGCGCAAGGACAACUUCGUCCCCGAGGUGUCGGCUCUCGACACCCAGGGCGUCCCCAUCGACGUCGACGCCGACACCAAGGACCUCCUCAAGUCGCUCGGCUUCGACGCCCUCCCCGUCAACGUUGUUGCCCCGGCCACCAACCAGGACCGCCCGUACCGCCGCAACGUCGUCGGCCUCGGCCGUCGCGACUAAGCGCGUCGCUCUUGGUCGCGUCCUCGGUUCAUCGUCGUCGGUCGUUGGUUCGCCUCGGUUCGGGUCGCACGGCACCUCGUUCCCGCCCGUGCGUUUGGCUAGUGCAGCAGCGGCGGAGCGGCGAGCGGCGGCGCACGGCGAGUCGGACGGCGCGGUGGUGCUUUGUUGUAGCGAUCGAUGGCUGGGCUGGGGCGUUGCCAUGGCACGCACGAGUACCCAAAUCCC